AUGUACGUGUUCGGAGGUGUCGAGGUAAAGUUAGUCGAGAACACGGUAAAGCUAAACUUAACACUGGUUGAUACACCCGGUUUCGGUGAUGCUGUCAAUAACACCCGAUGUUGGGAGCCCAUCAUUCACUACGUCGAUGGCAAAUUCCUUGAAUUCUUUCAUGAAGAGACGAAAAUUGAGAGAAAAGAGCGACCCGUUGACAAAUGUGUACAUCUUUGCUUAUACUUUAUUGAACCCAGUGGUCAUGGACUAAAGCCGCUGGAUAUUGAGUUUAUGAAGCAGCUUCACACACGCGUCAAUAUUGUGCCAGUUAUCGCUAAGGCAGACUGUCUAACAAAAGAUGAAUUGAAGAGAUUCAAAGCACAGAUCAACAAGGACAUUAUCGCGAACGAAAUCAAGUUGUACAAAUUUCCAGAACUGGAUGAAGAGAAGGAUAAGGUCGCCAGUGAACGAUUAAGAAAUUGCCUACCAUUUGCUGUAGUUGGUAGCAAUUUACUGAAAGAAGAAGGUGGGAAGAAAAUAAGAUAUAGGGAAUAUCCAUGGGGUAUUGUGGAAGUGGAGAACAUGGCCCACAAUGACUUCAUUCCACUUCGUGAUAUGGUUGUGCGGACAAACUUGAUAGACAUGAUUGACGUGACACGGUCUGUACAUUACGAAAAUUUCCGUCUCCGUCAAAUGGACAAGCUUCCGAAGCAUGUUAUGGACAGAGAUCCAUUUACGCAGAUGGAGGAGGAUCGCAAAAAGAAGGAACAAGAGUUAGCUGAGAAGGCCAGAGCUUUUGAAAAGACGUUUGCUGAUCGAGUCCACGAGAGAGAAGCCAAAAUUAACGAAAGGGCAGCAAGGUUGGACAUACGUGAACACGAUUUGAAGGAGGAGAUUGAGCUGCGCAAGGCCGAACUAGAGAAGGUCAGACGUGAGGUGGAAGAUUUGCGAAGGGGCAGUAUUGGUGACUCAAAAACAUCGCUGUCGAUGACGAAUGAGAAUUCCGGCAAAAACUCACCGACGGACAAAAUCAAGAAGAAGUCAGGAACGCUGGGUCUUUUCAACCGAAAUUAA